AGGCGUGUUCCAGGCAGCUCCUCCGACUCCUUAGAUUACUAUGGCAUCGGAAGGGUCCUGAGCGUCGGGGAAGCAGGAAAGCAAAUCCCGGGAGAAGGGCUUGGGCUCAGAAGAAGAACCUUACGUCGAGACCGGCUAGAGGGUUGUUUGUUUGUUUUUUUGGUCCUGGUAUUGCGGCCCUGUCCAACUUGAGGCAGAGUGAAGGCCCCUUCAGGCAGCGCUGCGGGCAGCCCCGCAGCCGGGGCCUGGUGCAGCCGCCGCGGCCGCUGUCAGGGAAGCGCAGGCGGCCAAUGGAACCCGGGAGCGGCCGCUGCUGCUGAGGCGGCGGUGUCGGCAGUCCGACCCCGACCGCCUGCACCCCUUCUGCGGGGGUCCUCCGGAGGAUCAGCUAAACCUUGAACUAUGAAGAAAAUGUGUUGGGAGGAGGGGGAGCCUCAGCUGUCUCAGGCUUUUCUGAACAGAAGGGUGUUUCUGAAGGAUGGAGCAAGUUUUGAAGAAGUCCCUAUCAGAUUACACUUUGUUGACUACUCAGGAGCAGCCACUAGGAGGGAUGAACAGGCCUGCAUGGAAACUGAAUGAGUUGAGAAAACUGAAACUCAGAAGAUACGUGGCUUGCAUAAGUCUGUACAUCUCAUAAAGGCAGAGUGAGAAUCUGAACCCCAGCCUAUCUGCCUCCAAGUCCAGGGUUCUUUCCACUGUACUUCAGCUGCCACAGCCCUGGAGAAAGGGUAUGCAGUCAUGAACCCAGACGAGCAAAGAAAUGGCCCAGCUUCAGCGGGGUUGAUGAUGCUUGUUUUAGAGCUGUUUUCUUCUAAACUAAGCAUGGCAUGGUAUUUGCUGGCCCUUAUUCCCUGGGAGCUUUGAGUCUAAAAGGGAAGCUUGGAAGCUUGAAGUCUGGCUGUAGCCAUGGGAGACACGGUAGUGGAAUCUGCCCCCCUGAAUCCAACUUCCGAGCCUACUCCUGGCCCACCAGGGAAUAAUGGGGGCUCCUUGCUAAGCGUCAUCACAGAGGGGGUCGGGGAACUAUCAGUGAUUGACCCUGAGGUGGCCCAGAAGGCCUGCCAGGAGGUACUGGAGAAAGUCAAGCUUUUGCAUGGAGGCAUGGCUGUCUCUAGCAGAGGCACCCCACUGGAAUUGGUCAAUGGGGAUGGUGUGGACAGUGAGAUCCGUUGCCUAGACGACCCGCCUUCCCAGAUCAGAGAGGAGGAAGAUGAGAUGGGGGCCACUGUGGCCUCAAGCACAGCCAAAGGAGCAAGAAGGCGGCGGCAGAACAACUCAGCCAAACAAUCUUGGCUGCUGAGGCUGUUUGAGUCAAAACUAUUUGACAUCUCCAUGGCUAUUUCAUACUUGUAUAACUCCAAGGAGCCUGGAGUGCAAGCCUACAUCGGCAACCGGCUCUUCUGCUUUCGCAAUGAGGAUGUGGACUUCUAUCUGCCCCAGUUGCUUAACAUGUACAUCCACAUGGAUGAGGACGUGGGUGAUGCCAUUAAGCCCUAUAUCGUCCACCGUUGUCGCCAGAGCAUUAACUUUUCCCUCCAGUGUGCCCUGUUGCUUGGGGCUUACUCUUCAGACAUGCACAUUUCCACUCAACGACACUCCCGUGGGACCAAGUUACGGAAGCUAAUCCUCUCAGAUGAGCUGAAGCCAGCUCACCGAAAGAGGGAACUUCCCUCCUUGAGCCCAGCCCCUGAUACCGGGCUGUCUCCCUCCAAAAGGACUCACCAGCGGUCUAAGUCAGAUGCCACCGCCAGCAUAAGUCUCAGCAGCAACCUGAAACGAACAGCCAGCAACCCUAAAGUGGAGAAUGAGGAUGAGGAGUUCUCCUCCAGCACCGAGAGUAUUGAUAAUCCAUUCAGUUCCCCUGUCCGACUGGCCCCUGAGCGUGAAUUCAUCAAGUCCCUAAUGGCAAUUGGAAAACGGCUGGCCACGCUGCCCACCAAAGAGCAGAAAACACAGCGGCUGAUCUCAGAGCUCUCCCUGCUCAACCAUAAGCUCCCUGCCCGAGUCUGGCUGCCUACUGCUGGCUUUGACCACCACGUGGUCCGCGUGCCUCACACACAGGCUGUUGUCCUCAACUCCAAGGACAAGGCUCCCUACCUGAUCUACGUGGAAGUCCUUGAAUGUGAAAACUUCGACACCACCAGUGUCCCCGCCCGAAUCCCUGAGAACCGAAUUCGGAGCACACGAUCUGUAGAGAACCUGCCUGAAUGUGGCAUCACCCACGAGCAGCGGGCUGGCAGCUUUAGCACUGUGCCCAACUAUGACAAUGACGAUGAAGCCUGGUCGGUGGAUGACAUAGGCGAGCUGCAGGUGGAGCUCCCUGAAGUGCACACCAACAGCUGUGACAACAUCUCCCAGUUUUCCGUGGACAGCAUCACCAGCCAGGAGAGCAAGGAGCCUGUGUUCAUUGCAGCAGGGGAUAUCCGACGGCGCCUUUCUGAACAGCUGGCUCACACCCCCACAGCCUUCAAGCGAGACCCAGAAGACCCUUCUGCAGUUGCUCUCAAAGAGCCCUGGCAGGAGAAAGUACGGAGGAUCAGAGAAGGCUCUCCCUAUGGCCAUCUCCCCAAUUGGCGGCUCCUGUCAGUCAUUGUCAAAUGUGGAGAUGACCUUCGGCAGGAGCUGCUGGCCUUCCAGGUGUUGAAACAACUGCAGUCCAUUUGGGAACAGGAGCGAGUGCCCCUUUGGAUCAAGCCAUACAAGAUUCUUGUGAUUUCGGCCGACAGUGGCAUGAUUGAACCAGUGGUCAAUGCUGUGUCCAUCCACCAAGUAAAGAAACAGUCUCAGCUCUCGCUGCUCGAUUACUUCCUACAGGAGCAUGGCAGUUACACCACUGAGGCAUUCCUCAGUGCCCAGCGUAAUUUUGUGCAAAGUUGUGCUGGCUACUGUCUGGUCUGCUACCUGCUGCAAGUCAAGGACAGACACAAUGGGAAUAUCCUUUUGGAUGCAGAAGGCCACAUCAUCCACAUCGACUUUGGCUUCAUCCUGUCCAGCUCACCCCGAAACCUGGGCUUUGAGACAUCAGCCUUUAAGCUGACCACAGAGUUUGUGGAUGUGAUGGGUGGCCUGCAUGGCGACAUGUUCAACUACUAUAAGAUGCUGAUGCUGCAAGGGCUGAUUGCUGCUCGGAAACACAUGGAUAAAGUGGUGCAGAUCGUGGAGAUCAUGCAGCAAGGUUGUCGCCGUUGCUCAGGAGCAUCCCCGUCUGGCCCCAUGAUGACGGUGGCCCAGGUCAUCUGCUCUCAGCUUCCUUGCUUCCAUGGUUCCAGCACCAUCCGCAACCUCAAAGAGAGGUUCCACAUGAGCAUGACCGAGGAGCAACUCCAGCUGCUGGUGGAGCAGAUGGUGGAUGGCAGCAUGCGGUCCAUCACCACCAAACUCUACGACGGCUUCCAGUACCUCACCAAUGGCAUCAUGUGACACCCUCCUUCUUGGGCCUAAGAGUGGUGGGGGGAUCCAGGGUACCCUCCUGGGAGAGCCCUUGUCUGAGAAGUCACAAACCAGGAAACCCCAUCUACCCAACCAUCCACCCAAGGGAAAUGGAAGGCAAGAAAUAUAAAGGAUCAUGUGGUAACCGCGAGCGCUUGCCAGGGUGGGAGGAGCCGGCCAUGGGGUGCAGGCUUGCUGGGGCUUCCCGCCCCUCAUUGUGUAUUACCAUCUGACAGGUUCCAGGACUCCCUGCCCUCCAGAGAAUAGAGGUGAUGAAUGCGAGGGGUACCUGGCCCUCCUCCCUCUCACCGGGACCGAGAGGUUCUUUCCACAGGCUGCCCCUUAUCUGUUCUGAGUCCCAGGAAGAGGGAAGGCUCUUGGUACUUAGGACUUGAUCCUGUGGUUGGCCUUUGGCCAUGCUGCUGCCCAACUCUAGAUACUCUCCCAGGGACUGACCCCUGCCAGAGUUCCCCUUGAUAGGAGGGCUCUGUCACAGGGUCCUGCACUUGCUGAGGUUCCCCAUCAGUGGGAUUGAGAAGGGGAAUUACAAUCCCUCCAGUUAUUGAGGGUAUUGACCUAGCCAUGGGGAAUUCCUACCCCUGAUCCCUUCCUCAUACCCAGGGAAACAGCUCUCAAUUUUUUAUUUUUUGUUUGAAAUAAAGUCCUUAGUUAGCCAUC